AUGGCCUAUUCUGAGAAGCAAGGAGGUGUACCCUGCGGUUUCAUCCGCCAGAAUUCUGGCAACUCCAUUCCCUUGGACUUUGAGCCCGACGCGGAGCACCAGUUUGUGGAGCAGUUGCAAGAGCGCUCCAAACGUGCCUUCUGCCGCUGCGUGCUUCACCCCACAGCGGGUUGCGGGCACCGCUUCCGCCACCACUGCGUCCUGUCCCCGAGGGAUGAGCGCAGUCCCCCUCUGCCCUGUAGAUAA